AUGCACUGCCUUCGCGACCCUGGGUCUCUUUUUAAUCCUGCUGGAAAACUGAGAUUCUUGAUCAACUUCUCACAGACACGAAACUUGUCCUCUCUGCGUUCUUCCAAGCAACUCCUCUACCUCCCAACGCGAUCUGCGCUACGCCGCCCGCUUCUCACAAUGGCGCCCAAGCAAGCGACCCUGGGCAAGUUCUUCGGCAAGUCCGACGGCUCCAAGCCAGCUCCUACACAGCAGACCAAGCUCUCGUUCGCGACGAAGGCGUCAGAAAAGCCAAAGAAGGCUGCUGCUGCCAAGAAAGAGGACGGCGGUGCUGAUGAGGGCACGGAAGUCAAGACAGAGGCGGCGAGCCAGAGCAGCCCCACCAGUAGCAGCGCAAAGGAGAAUUCAGAGCCAGCGCGAGAUUCAAAAAAGCGCGGCCGACCUGCGAAAUCCUCGAAACCAGCAGCGAAGUUGCCCAAUGAGAAGAUCAAAGACGAAGAUGAAGCACAAGAUCUUGAGGAGGAGGAUGAUGCUCCUGCCGUAAAGCGGUCACGCAAGGGGCGGAAAGUGGUUGAAGAUGACGAAGAGGACGAGGUCAUGGAGGAUGCGCCCUCGCCAAAGCCCAAGGCGAAAAAGGAGACGAAACCGGCCAAGGCAGCACCUCCAGCAGCUCGAAAGAAGAAAGAGCCAAGCCCCAAGCCUGAGCCGGCUGAGGAAGAUGACGAUGCAGCAACUGCCAGCGAGCCCGUGUCGGAAGCAGAACAGGAAGCAGAAGAAAGCGGAGAGGAGGAGAAGCCUGAGGUCGUCGAGAAAGCCCGCAAGAAGGUGCAAACCAAACUGGCGGCCAAGGCCAAGGAUCCAUAUCCUGAUUGGAAGCCGGGCGAGCCAGUACCCUAUGCUGCGCUAUGCCAGACCUUCUCCCUCGUUGAGCUCACCACCAAAAGGUUAGAGAUCAUGGCGCACUGCGCGCUGUUCCUGCGUCAAGUAUUACGGCUUACCCCGGAUGACUUGCUACCGACGGUGCUUUUGAUGAUCAACAAGCUGGCACCUGAUUACGCAGGCAUAGAGUUGGGAAUUGGCGAGUCUCUGAUCAUGAAAGCUAUCGGAGAGUCCACGGGGCGCAGUCUGCAGGUGAUCAAGAACGACCAAAAGGAGAUUGGUGACCUGGGACUGGUCGCGGUCAAGUCGAGGUCCACCCAGCCGACCAUGUUCAAGCCCAAGCCUCUGACUAUUCGUGGUGUCCACAAGGGCCUGAUGGGCAUUGCGACUGUGACAGGAAAUGGUGCACAGGGCAGAAAGGUCGAUGGAAUCAAGAAGCUCCUCUCUGCGGCCGAUUCCCAAGGCAAGGGCAAGGUUGACAUAACCAAGGACAAGGGCGGUCCAAGUGAGGCGAAGUACAUUAUUCGCUUCUUGGAAGGCAAGCUACGGCUUGGUCUCGCCGAGAAGACCGUGCUGGUCUCACUUGCCCAGGCGAUGAUAUGCCACGAGGCCGAGCAGAAGGGCAAGGUCCCCAGCACAACGGAGAUGGAGAACGCGGAGUCCACGCUCAAGACCGUCUACAGUGAGCUGCCGAGCUACGACGUUAUCAUCCCAGCGAUGCUGGAGCAUGGCAUCCUGAAGCUCCGCGAAAACUGCAAGCUGCGGCCUGGCGUCCCACUCAAGCCUAUGUUGGCGAAGCCGACCAAGGCCAUCACCGAAGUUCUGGAUCGCUUCGAGGGACAGAACUUCACCUGCGAGUACAAGUACGAUGGUGAACGCGCUCAGAUACACUAUGUAGCGAAGGACGCAAACCAGGAGCUAAGCGAGGCGACGUCUGGCUCGGUGCAGGCGGUCGGCGAUGGCGUGGCGUCCAUCUUCUCGAGGAACUCAGAAGACCUGUCCAAGAAGUACCCCGACAUUCUCUCCAAGCUGCACACAUGGGUCAAGGAGGACACCAAGAGCUUCGUGCUCGACUGCGAGACCGUGGCCUGGGACACCGUGGAGAAGAAGGUCCUCCCAUUCCAGCAGCUGAUGACGCGCAAGAAGAAGGACGUCAAGGUCGAGGACGUCAAGGUCAAGGUCUGCGUCUUCGCCUUCGACCUGCUGUACCUCAACGGCGAGGCCAUCGUGGAGAAGUCGCUGCGAGAGCGCCGGGAGCUGCUGAGCACGGCGUUCAACCCCGUCGAGGGCGAGUUUGCCUUCGCGGUGCACAUGAACGGAAAGGAGCUCGACGAGAUCCAGCAGUUCCUGGACGAGAGUGUCAAGGCGUCAUGCGAAGGCCUGAUGGUCAAGAUGCUCGACGGCGAGGAGAGUGGGUACGAGCCCAGCAAGCGCAGUCGCAACUGGCUCAAGAUCAAGAAAGACUACCUCUCCGGCGUGGGCGACUCGCUCGAUCUCGUCGUCCUGGGCGCAUACUACGGCAAGGGCAAGCGCACAUCCGUAUACGGGGCCUUCCUCCUGGCAUGCUACAGCCCGGCCUCAGACACCUACGAGACAGUGUGCAACAUCGGCACCGGGUUCAGCGAGGCCGUCCUCGAGGAGCUGCACAAGUCCCUCUCCGACACGGUCAUCGACCGGCCCAAGCCCUUUUACUCACACUCCUCGGGCGGCCAGCACCAGCCGGACGUGUGGCUCGAGCCCCGCCACGUGUGGGAGGUGCGCACCGCCGACCUGACGCUCAGCCCGCGCUACAAGGCCGGCAUCAAGGAGGGCGUCGACCCCGCGGGCGAGAAGGGAAUCUCCCUGCGGUUCCCGCGGUUCAUCAAGGUCCGCGACGACAAGAAGCCUGACGAGGCGACCACGUCGCGCCAGGUUGCGGAGAUGUACCGCAAGCAGGAGAGUGUCACCAAGAAUAAGGGGCCGGCUGUGGAUGAUGACUUUGAGUAUUAG